AUGAAGAGCAACGUAAACAACAACACCAAGCUCAUCCUUCUUCCAUACAUACAGAAACAGGGUACCUCCAACCGCCUUUGGCUUAUUCUGGCCUUCAUCUCCCUCUUCACCGUGGCCUUUCUGCUCACCCUCGUCUACACCCGCCAGUCCUCGCCACCACCGUCACCGCGGCGGCGUCAUCUGUGGCCGCCGCAGGCGGAUCGUCCGCCGGAAACCCCGCAGGCGAUUUCGGAGGCGGUGGUGAAGGCGCUCAUUCAUUAUGCUUCGAAUUCCAACAGGACCGACCGCAUGCCCGCUGGCGACAUCAAGCCGAUCGUCGACGUGCUCCGGCAGUGCACUUCGCCGUGCAACUUCCUCGUAUUCGGGAUUACACAAGAGAUGCUCCUUUGGCGGGCUCUUAACCACCAUGGUCGCACCGUCUUCAUCGACGAGAACAGGUAG